CAUUUUGGAUUGAAAGAGUGAAAGUGACUGAAAUCUAAGACAAGAAAAGACUCAAGAAAUUAUGGUAAACCUAUACUCUCUUUUUUUAUUUUUUAAGUUAGACUAAACAUUUAUGAUGUGAUUCACCAUGAAAAUAUGUAUUCUAUAUUGUUAUAAUUUGGUCUUUGUAUUAGGUACUAAAUGAUGAUAAUGGUGUUAAUGAGGAACAACCUCCUCUUGAUGAAACUCCUACAGAUAAUGGUACGAAUAAGGGUAUGGAUAAUGGUAAGGGUAAGGGUAAGGGUGCUAAAAAAAGAGGUAGACCUCCCACUGUGCCUAUUCCUAAUCCUAAGAAAAAGGGAAAGUCUGAUGUUUGGCUUCAUUUCACUAAGGAAGACAAUCCUCCCCGAGCUACAGAGGAUGAUGAUGAAGAACCUGAACAAUCUGGUGUUCCUAAGUGUAUCUGCAACUAUUGUGGGAGUGAUUUUCAUUGUGACACCAAAAAACAUGGGACUAGUCAUCUAUGGAGUCAUUUGAGAAAAGUGUGUGAGCUUAGUCCACUCAAAAAUGAAGAUGAAAAACAGAAGAUUUUAAGUUUCGAGCCUCUUAAGGGUGGCAAGGAGGGGGAUGGCCAGUUAGUAGCUGUGGCCUAUAACAAAGAAGCUUGUAGGAUUGCCCUCACACAAUACAUUGUGUUAGAUAAGUUACCAUUUUGA